AUGAUGAUGACUGGCCGUGUGCUGCUGGUGUGUGCCCUCUGCGUGCUGUGGUGCGGUGCCGGCGGUGGUGGACGAGCUGAAGCACAUUCAUCAACUUCUCCGACUUCUCGGGGUACUCCGCUCGAAAAGAGCACUCAAAACGACAAUGCGACCAAAGCUGUCGCUGGAGAUGUUGACCCCAAAAGUAAACCGGCAGCGCCACAAGCACUCGCACCAAAGGCGUCAGGAUUACAGGAAGCGCCAGCGAAAUCAUUACAGCCACAAC